AUAAAACUAUCUGAUGGCCAACAGUCUAUUCAAUUUCAGUAUAUACCACGAACUACAGUUAUUUACACAUGGCUCGCCCACCAUGUGAGCUCACCGGGAGGACAAAACGAGCGCGCCCUCACUGCGUUUGCUCGCACUUUCCAGCGCUGUCAGCUGACAGGUGACGUCAUUCAAAACAAACACCUCCCUCCUCAAAGAGACGGAACGUUAGUGAAGAUGCUCAGCGGGCGGGGCUUAACGGCAGCCAGCGACGACAAAAUAACGCACGUCGACAGUGUGUUUCCGCUCGGUUUAUUGGUCAGGCUUUUUCUGUACGAGGAGGGCAUCGUCUUAUUUGUAUGUAUCUCACUCCCGUGUCGUCUGUAGCCUCACCAAAGACUUCACAUUUUCUUAAAAAACACAAAUAAUCAAGUGUUGCCUCUAAGAUGGCUAUGGUGAAGAGUGGUUGGCUCCAUCGACAAAGUACCAUACUGCGCCGUUGGAAAAGGAACUGGUUUGACUUGUGGGCUGAUGGACGACUUGUGUUCUAUAAUGAUCAACAACGCCGUGACAUGGAGGAUGACAUCCACAUGAGGGUCGACUGCAUCAACAUUCGCAGUUCUGCUGCAUGUCAAGAGCUCAACCCUCCAGAGGGGAAGACACGUGAUGCCUUGCUCCAGAUAGUGUGCAGAGAUGGACGGGUCAUCAGUCUGUGUGCAGAUGGUGCAGAUGAUGCUCUGGCAUGGACCAUGGCACUCCAGGAUGCCAGAAUUAAUGCGGUUGUCUCUCCUCCUCAGAUCGGCUUUGCACAGGAAGUGAUUGCCUCCGCUCCUCCCCCCUACACAGAAUAUGCUCCCCCACCACAGGUUUAUGCUCCGGGUCCAUAUGGAGAGUAUGUAGCACAUACCCAACACGCUACACAGAUUGUAUACUCAGCUGAUGGGCAGCCCUACGCUGUUGCUUAUCCUUAUCAGUACCAAGGUGGGUACCCUGCGCCUGGAGUGAACCAUGUUGUUAUUCGGGAGCGCCAGCGUGACGACGGAGGAGAUGUGGCUUUGGGCAUGCUCGCUGGAGCGGCAACCGGUUUGGCACUCGGCUCUCUCUUCUCUGUCUUUUAGUGUUUUAAUUAACGUACACCUCGUAGCAUACCGUUCCCCCGUUUAUGCAGCAUUUGGCUUCCUCUCUGUGCCAUCACAGGAGUUGGAGUAAAAUGUCUCUGUUGGGCUAUUUUCAUCUAUGAAGCAUGAUUGUGAUGAGCAGGCGACUUACUCCCUAUGUGUCCUAUAUAUAAAUACUGUUAGCACUUUCUCAGAUGCCCUGUGUGGCAGUCUCCCAUCCCUUUUGUGUUGUCUGAAUAUGAAUGUUCUUAACCAAAAAAUUACUUACUUUUAAGAGUUAUUUAAAUGACAGGAAAAACCCUACUCCUUUCACGUACACUUCAGGUCCUCUGUUAAACAUUUCAGUCAUGUUUGUUCCUCUUUCAUGGAGCACAUUUGUCCUUUAUGUUUGCUGAAUUAUCUACAUAGUCAUGAGUAGGUGUUUUUUUUGUUUUGUUUUGUUUUUUUACAGGUUUUGUGUUCAUCUGUGUACUGUACCUCAUGUUAUUUUACUUUUUUCAUGUAUCAUUUAUCUGUUUUGGUUGUGAAUAAGCAGUGUUUCUUUGGCUUCUCAGGUUAUUUGUGGUGGAGGCUGGCUUGGAUGAGAGUUGUGUAAAGACGAUUGCACACAUAAAGCAAUAAAUCAAUUAAAUCAAAGCAUUAAAUCAAUUUCAUUGUAGCAUUUUGAGGUACCUGUUCGGUGGAAUCUGGUUGCGAUGGGAUGUCUGAUGUUGUCUUCGCCACAAAUAAGUCUACGUGAGGAAACACUGGCAUGUACACGAUGUGCUUUGAAGUGAAAAGGGACGUCACUCCUAAGAGUUACGGUUAUUUUUCCAUUGGCAGCUGCUGGAUCAUAUUUCAUUUCAUUUGAAGUGUUUGAAUAGAUAUUUUGGUUUAUAUUUCAGUAGGCUCGGUGCAUUAUGUACAAAUACUGAUCAGUUGAAUCAGUCUCUUAAGAUGUAGUUACAUUUCAGUUGGACUUGACUUAUUUUUCACUCCAAAUGACUUGAAUAUUGUCAGAUUUUCCCAUUAUUCAUGGUAAUUAUGACUGCAUUUAUUCACUUAGAAUGGCAGUUUCUACUCAGUAGAAAACAUUGGUGUGCUUUUCAAACAUACUGAAUAUCUUUAUUAAUGACACUGACAGACGAGAUGUAUAAGACUCAAGUCUUAUACAUCUCUUCAGUUUCAUUUCAUCUUUGCAAAUUAUCAGCUUGUGCAAGCAGCGUAAUGUGAUGUCAUUUUUCUAUAGGUCUUAAAUUGUGUGAAGAUGUAAAAUUUAAUGAAAACCUGUUAUAUUUCUCAUAUCAAAUGUACUAAUUAAAUUAUGAUUUACCCUGCAUUUAAAAUAUAAAUAUCUGACAAUUAACUAAGAUGUAUUUUAACAAUUAAAAAUAUUCACAAAGUUA